AUGCGUACCCGGCAGAAAUGCCUCAACUACCGAGUUUUGAAUGACGAGAGUGAUGGAGAGUCUUUGCCCGAGGAUCAGCCCGCCAAUCAAGCGAAUCAAGCGAACGCGGUGAUCCUCGCCAACAUACCAGAUUGCGAACUCCUACCUUCCGAGUCUGUGUCGCAAGUGCUAGUAUCCCAAGAGAGCUCAACAGAUGCCGGUACUUCAAUCACAAGCCACGUAUCCUCUCGAUGGUGCAAACGGCCAGCGCCGGCUACGGAGUGGAUCUGGGGGUACUUCGAGACUACAGUCGUUGACUGUCCAUGGGUGAUCAAGAGGACCAACAAGAGGAGGCUGGUCGACCGAGAGAUUUGCUGUACGCAUGUAGAUGAGAAAACAGGAACGCGCUGUGACUGGCAUACGUCAGAUUCCCAGAGGCAAAAUACAACCAGCAACAUGAAAACCCACUUGGCAAAGCAUGACAUUUACUGCCCGACCUCCAGUAUAGAGCCACCGAAGAAAGGUCCAGACAUUCGGAUUUUCAUGGGGGGAAAACAGAGUCUCACCCAUCAAGAGGUCUUGGCAAGGAAUGCCAUUCGCUGGAUCGUGGCUGAUAAGAAAGCCUUUACCACCGUUGAGUCUCCAGAGUUUCAGCAAUUGUUCCGAGACAUUCCUGGUAUUGAGCCUCCUUUCACGUCUCGCCACACCUUGCGGGAUCGAAUCAUGCAAGGGUUCGGCAUACAGCGCAAGAACCUGAAAAAUGAGCUGGCUUUGACUUGCAAAACCAUUGCCUUAUCACUGGACAUCUGGACAAGCCAGAAUCAUCUUCCUAUUUUAGGGGUAAUUGGUCAUUGGCUUACUGACGAAUUUGAGUACCGCGAGAGAUUACUCGAGUUCGCCGAACUCCAGGGCAUUCACAGCGGCGAAAAUCUGUCAAUUGCAGUGGAAAAUAUGCUAAUCGAGUUGGGUCUCGAGGACAAGCUCAUUUCCAUUACAGGCGACAACGCCAGUAACAAUGAGGCCAUGGCUUCGGAGUUAUUCUUCUCUCUUUCCGACCGACCUGGGGUGAAAGAAGCAAUGCCAGCACCACUCAAUCGAGGCCUUGACAGUUACAUCCGCUGCCUGGCUCAUGUCCUUAAUCUGAUUGUGAAAGAUAUCCUCCGUAACCUAGGGUCAGGGACGAUGAAACAAGCGCAAGUUGCCUGUGACUGUUUACAGACUGGCAACUCGAUCACCGAUCACUCAGCUAUAGGGAGAUUACGGGUCCUCGCUCUUUGGAUUAACCGAAGUCCUCAGCGCCGACAGAAAUGGAAGGAGAUUUGCGGACUCAACUGUCUUCCAGACAAAUUCGUUGCGUACGAUGUAACGACACGAUGGAACUCAACAUUUCGUAUAGUCAAUGAUGGCUUGAAGUCAAGGCAACAAGUCAACAAGUCCCUAAACCUUCAGGAGGAACUCCCGCCGUUUACUCUCCAAGAUUGGUUAUGGCUGGAACAGAUCCACACAUUACUCCACAAGUUCAACGAGCUUACUUUGUUCAUUUCGGAGGGAAAUCCACAAAUUAGCCGCGCAGUCCCGAUUUACUAUGAGCUACACGAAUUACUUGACGACGUGACGGAGGGCAAUGGUGACUUCGCGAAUCUGGAUCGAGAUAUCAUAGCUGCAGUGAAAGAAGGGAUGAAGAAAUACGAAAAUUACGAGAACUUCAAGAUGGCAAUGCAGGGAAAAUGA